CACUGCAAAUGCUUCCGACAGUUUCUCUAUGAUGAGGCCGAUGGGCCCCGAGAGGUUUGCAGCCAGCUCCAUGGACUUUGUAACCAGUGGCUGACGCCAGAAAGGCACACCAAGAAGCAGAUCCUGGACCUGGUGAUCCUGGAGCAGUUCCUGGCCAUCCUGCCGCAGGAAAUGCAGUGCUGGGUCAGAGGAUGUGGGCCGGAGACCAGUUCCCAGGCGGUGGCCCUGGCCGAAGGUUUCCUCCUGAGUCAGGCAGAGGAGAAGAGGCAGGCAGAGCAGAUGUGGGCACCAUCCGUGAAGAGAAAAGCUACAUUCCCUGAGGCUGAAGGAGCUUUUUUGGAGCCAGGGCAGAGAGGACAAGCCCAGGAAUUUGCCCAAGAUGCCCUUUCCUGUGGGAGAAACCUGUCUUCGUAGACAAGUGAGCAAAGACAUCUUUUCACAGUCAGAGGCGACCCAAGAGAAUGGGAAGGAGAUGGAAGAGCAGAACCCAGAAGGACCUGGAACUGGCAAGACCACAAGAAAAAGCACCCAUCCUACACAUGGUCAGAGUGGUGUUGAAUUUGGGGAAGGCCCAGUGCCAGAUAUCCAUGAUGAGCUCGUGGCAAUCUCAGACGUACACUGCCAACGAUUCCGGCAAUUCCGCUACCAUGAGGCCAGUGGGCCCCGAGAGGUUUGCAGCCAGCUCCAUGGACUCUGCAACCAGUGGCUGAAGCCAGAGAAGAACUCCAAGAAGCAGAUCCUGGACCUGGUGAUCCUGGAGCAGUUCCUGACCAUCCUGCCCCAGGAAAUGCAGCGCUGGGCCAGAGGAUGCGGGCCAGAGACCAGUUCCCAGGCGGUGGCCCUGGCCGAAGGUUUUCUCCUGAGUCAGACAGAAAAGAGGCAGGCAGAACAGAUGUGGGCACCAUCCAUGAAGGAAGAAGCGACAUUCCCUGAGGCAGAAGGAGCUUCCUUGGAGGAAGGGCAGAGGGUGCAGGCCCAGGAGGGUGCCCAAGAUGCCCUCCCGUGUGAAAAUGGAGAGAUGCUGUUGGGCCAUUGGCUUUCCAGAGGUGUGGAAACAGCUGCUGCAGCUCCAGUCCAGUGUCCGUUUUCUUUAGACGAGGUGUCCGUCUCUUUCACUGAGGCAGAGUGGGCCCUGCUGGAUCCAGGACAAAGAGCUCUGUACCGGGAAGUUAUGUUGGAGAACUAUGGGAACGUGGCCUUUCUGGCAGAGAAUGAUCAGAGGAAUGAAGAGGGUGAGGAAUUUCAUCCACAAUUGCCGGAUAGAGUUAAAAACGAAGGCCUGGAAAAGAAAGUAAAAAAUCGAGACAGACCCAAGAGAAACAAAGAAGGCCGUAUGGUUGAAAAGAGAGAUGGAAGAAAGUAUAAUGUCCGUUUUCCAAAGCACAGGAUAAUGAAGCCAAGUAAAUCGAUUCAGUGUAGAAAGCACAUAUGGAACAAAUCACAGCUUCUUGUGCACCAAAAAACCAACACAGAGGAGAAACCUUUUGAAUGCUCAGAGUGCGGAAAGAAAUUCAGUGAGAGUUGCGGUCUUCAAAAGCAUCAGAGAACCCACACAGGAGAGAAACCUUUUGAAUGCGCAGUGUGUGGAAAGAAAUUCAGUCAGAGUGGCAGUCUUCAAAAGCAUCGGAGAACCCACACAGCAGAGAAACCUUUUGAAUGUGCAGUGUGUGGAAAGAAAUUUAGUCAGAGUGGGAAUCUUCAGCUGCACCAAAGAACUCACACAGGGGAGAAACCUUUUGAAUGCUCGGAGUGUGGGAAGAGAUUUAGUCAGAGUGGCACUCUUCAACUGCAUCAAAGGAUCCACACAGGGGAAAAACCUUUUGAAUGCUCAGAGUGUGGAAAGAAAUUCAGUCAGAGUGGCCAUCUUCAGCAGCAUCAGAGAAUCCACACAGCAGAGAAGCCCUUUGAAUGCUCAGAAUGUGGAAAGAGAUUCAGUAACAGUGGCACUCUUCUACGGCAUCAGAGAAGUCACACAGGGGAGAAACCUUUUGAAUGCUUAGAGUGUGGAAAGAAAUUCAAUCAGAGUAAUGAUCUUCUACAGCAUCAAACAACCCACGCAGGGGAGAAACCUUUCGAAUGCUCAGAGUGUGGAAAGAAAUUCAGUCACAGACGUAGUCUUCAACAGCACCUAAGAAUCCACAGGGGUGACAAACCUUUUGAAUGCUCAGAGUGUGGAAAGAGGUUCAGUCGGAGUGCCAAUCUUCAGCUACAUCAAAGAACCCACACAGGAGAGAAACCUUUUGAAUGCACACUGUGUGGAAAGAAAUUCAGUCAGAGUUGCCAUCUUAAACUUCACCAAGGAACCCAUACAGGAGAGAAACCGUUUGAAUGCUCAGAGUGUGGAAAGGGAUUCAGGUUGAGUGGCCAUCUUCAAAAGCAUCUGACAAGCCACACAGGGGAAAAACCUUAUGAAUGUUCCCAGUGUGGAAAGCGAUUCAGUCAGAGUGGCCAUCUUCAAAAGCAUCAGAGAACCCACGCAGGGGAAAACCUUUUGAAUGCUCAGGUGUGGAAAGAGGUUCAGGUUGAGUGGCAAUUUUCAACAGCAUCCAACAAGCCACAUAGGGGAGAAGCCCUUUGAAUUAUCAGAGUGUGGAAAGAAAUUCAGUUUGAGUUGCAAUCUUCAGCAGGACCGAAGAGUCCACAUGGAAGAAACAUUUUGAGUUGCCAGUGUGGAAAAAUAUUGAGUAACAGUAGCAGUCUUCAACAGUGCUGGAGAAUCCACAUAGAUGAAAAACCGUUUGAAUGCUCAGAGUGUUCCUUGUGCGCUCCUGGAAAUAGCUGCUUGGCAACUUCUGGUCUUCCCUGUGGCGCUCCUUUUAAAAGUGUGUCUAUGAUGGUAGAUGUCUACAUGGUACAGAGAACCACUACCAGCAUCAAAAGUUAUGAAGUAUUUAUUAAAAUGUUUACAAGCAUACUUUUAGCACAGCACCAAACUGAGCAAGGGAUCCAAAACUUAUGGGGGGAAAUUCAAUUCCUCUGUCCCUCCCUCUAUAUAUCAGGUGUUAAAAUAUAGGACAGACCCAUUAGCUUAGGAAAUUACAGAUCUCUACAGAGUGACCAUUACCUUGAGGAUUCCUUCAGCUCUCCCAGAACAGCACAUGGUCAGCAGCUGCCUCCUCCACUCAGUUGAGAGUUCUGUCUGGUCGCCACACCCAAGAGCCCUUCCUUUUUGCUCCCCUGAGUUUUAUCAUCUUUUUUUUCUCCACCCACUGAUCAAGUCAGGCUGGGUCAGAGAUGCUUUUCUUGAAGAUUCCAGAGUUUCCUCCCUGAAGUCCCUCUAGUAUUCUGUUCCUCCAAAUCUCUGUUCCCUGUUCCCAUUGAUCAAGUCAGGCUGGGUCAGAGAUGCUUUUCUUGAAGAUUCCAGAGUUUCCUUCCUGAAGUUGCUCUAUUAUAUUGUUCCUCCAAAUCUCUGUUCCCUGCUGGGAUUGAGGGAGCUUCCUAUUGUCUCUAGCUAGGCCUCUUAGCAUUUCUUAAUGCUAAAAGGUGAGCCUGGAAAGCCUUGACUGAGUUCCUUCUCAUGCCUGUUCUCUGCCCACUGUGUAUGUGUGUUCGUGAGAGAGAGAGACCUUUUAGGAGUCAGCGUGAUUUUGCCCAUUUCAGACCUCUAAAGAAAAAAUGCAUUUGUUCACAAGAUUUACUUUUCUGUGCAUUGUAUUUUUAUGAGCCGGGCUUCAUUAAAUGUGUCAAAGGUUA